UCUGCGGGCGAGGGAGGCAGAAAUGCAGUUUCUCAGACAGGAAGCUUGUUCACUCAAGGAAGAGUUGAAAAUUGUGCGAAUGGACAAAAUAUAUGCCCAGAACAAGCUCAAGGCCCUCUGCACCAACAACCAGGACGAACCCCAUCAUGAAGCCAACCAACUCCGCGAAGAUUUCAAGUUUGCCACUUGGUCUCCAAGCAGAUACUCUUCAGGACAGAGCCUUGACGACAGUGAGACAAAAACAAAUAAUUCUGCUUUUUUGAAAAAGAGAGAAAAAUCAUCCCUUACCUGUCAGAUCAGAGGAGUUCGAUCCAAGAGUUUAAAAGAAGGCCUGUCUGUCCAAGAAAGAAUGAAGCUGUUUGAGUCAUUCUGAUCCAGACUGGAUGAGAAGGUGCAAUCUGCAUUUCAGACUAAAACUGCUGUUUGCUCAGUGCAGUUUGAUGACAGAGGAUGCGAUUUUGUUUAUUACAAUAUGUGUAACUUUUGCCA